GUGGGUUGCUAAGAAGGUGCGCGAGUAAUACCUUUCCCCAACCAUGCCGCGCGGAUCAGGAGUUGGAAGAGGAAGAGGUGGACGACAAGGAAAGGCUACAGAGAGACCUAUUGAUUUAACAAGGGAAAGAGAGGAUCGAGAGGAAGAAGAUGAGGAAGAGGAGAAGUGGGAGAGAAUGAGAUUGAGGCGACAUCAAGAAGAUCUACGCGAGCGAACGCCAUCUCCUGGGAAGAUGGCGUACUACUCUUAUAAGUACGAACAACGUUACGGCUCCCCAGUGCCACAAUCAAGAGUUGCCUUGAGAAUGGGAGGGUCAGCCAGCCAAGGGCAAACAAGCAGAAGUGUUCCCUUUGCGGGCUUACCGGCCACAAUGCCCGCAAAUGCAGGACACCAAGGCCAGCUGAUGGAGUGCGUUCUGGACAACGAAGAUGGAGAGGGACACGGGACAGACAAAGGGUUGGGCAAAGAUGAUGGCGAGGAGGGGGAUGACGAGGACGAGAGUGAGGACAUGGACGGGGACGACGGUGAGGAGUUGGAUAAGGAUAACAACAAUGCUGACGAAGGGGAAGAUGACGAAAACGAGGAGGAGGGGGAGAAGGAGCAGAUUGAGGACUCGAACGAGGACGGGGAUGGCGACGGUGAGGACAACGACAACAAGGAUGGAGGGGGUGAAAAGGACGAUGAGGGGGAUAAGGAUAAUAUUAAGGACUCGGACGAGGCCAACGUCGACAAGGAUGGAGAGGAGUUUGUGGAGAAAGAAGGAGAGGACAGCAAGGAUGGAGAGGAGGAGCCAGAUAAGGUUUUGACCGAUGUCGAGGCCGUCGAGGACGACAACGACGACAUCGACGAUGGAGAGGAGAAGGAAGGAGAGGAGGUGGAUGACGAGGAGGUGGUGAAAAAGAAGGUGGUCAUGCAUGAUGAGUUGAAGGACGACAAUGAAAAGGGGAAAACUGUGGAGGUGGAGGUCGUGGAUCUUAGGGGGGCUGAUGACGAGGACGAGGGGAUUGAAGAUGAAGACCCCGAAACGACGGAGCAGGAUGCUUGCAAGGCGAAUCCUGUGACUCAACCACGACCUCAACGUAAACGAAUACACAACAGCCGAUAUGAAGGUGCUGACGUCCUCGAUAACUCGGGCCGAAGGGUGCGUGCACGACGUUAAGACUUGCAACCACAUUGGGAAUCACUGAGCUACUAGACCAGGUGUGUGUGUGUGUGUGCACUGCCACCCUUAGCAAUGUCAGCAUGCAGCAAGGUAAAUAAUGUUGUGCUUACCCACCAAAGAGGUCGUCCUAAAACUCUGUGUGUGUGUGUGUGAGUUAUAGAUCUGCAUAACAACAACCCCUGUUCCACCCACGUAUGGCGGACGAUCUCCCAAAGGUUGUGGUCAACAAUUUGCGUGUUGACUUUCGUUGAACAGCCUUCUCUCUCGAGCGCGCACACACACGAAGUCCAUGGCGCCGGCAGAAGCCG